UUCUCUGUCGCAUCUGGGCCAGCGAUCGCCGCUGGGUUUUUCUCCGAGAUCGCGGCUGUACAACUUUCCAGCAUCGGCUGGGUCUUUCCGGCGGGUGUCUUAAUCGCUGUAUUUCUCCGACGAGGUUGGGUCGCCGAGAUUACAUCGCCGCGGCUGGUUUUUCUUUUCCGGCGCGUUUGGCUUGGUUCUCUGGCGUCUGCGGUUGUUGGGUCGCCGAGAUUACAUCGUCGCGGUUGGUUCGUUCGCCGGCUUGUUCGCUUCACCUGCAGUUUAGGCGUUGGGUUGUGGAUUUCGCCGACUGUGGGUUACGUUUGAGGCUGUUGGGUAGAAAUUUCGCCGGCUUGUUCGCUGCGCUGGCGACGCGGCUGUUCGUCUUCCGGCGUCGCCUCUGUUCGUCUUUCUGGCGUCCCAUCUGUUCCUUUUCCAGCGAUUCGCGGCUAGGUUCGUCAACGAUUCGCGGCUGGGUCGUUCUCCGGCGAUCUCGGCUAGCACCAGCGAUCUGUUUCGUCCUCCGGCGUUGCGGCUGCUUCUUCUUCAGCGAUUCCGGCGUCUGGUUCUUCCAACAGCGAUCGCGGCGGCUCUUUCCGGCAAUUCCGGCUGGGCUUAAAUUCCGGCGCUGUUUGAGACUCGCCCUUUAUUUUUCCGGCGUUGCAACUGGCUGUUCCCUCCAGCGAUUUUGGCUAGAUUUUGAUUUGGUUUCUUCAUCGAUUCCGGCGGCUUUUGACUGGGUUUUCUCCGGCAAGUAUGUGGAGACUCCCAAAGUUGUGUGGCGCAACAAACGUUUGGAUUUUGAGACUACCUUCGACAUUGAAGGUACGUUUCGCCACAAUGACACGACUGAAUGGGCGGUGUUAGAAUUUGAAAGGAGGCGUUUGUCCUGCCUUUUUAGACCAGCUGCAGAGGUUGUCUAUCCCCGUAUUGUGCGCUUGUUUUAUCAGAAUAUGGAAUGGUUUAGUGAUGCGCCGGACAUAUUAGUUACAACCAUUGAUGGUGUCCGAAUUCACUUUGGUGUCUUGGACAUAGCCCAGGCAUUAGGGUGUCCACAUUUGUGCCCCACUGACUUGCUAGCAGAGAAUGGGGAGCUACGUUUUGGCAAAUUCUCGAAAAAACCUACUGUACAUUCUAUUCUUAAAGAUAUGUGUGACGGGAAGUAUGGUGACAAGAAGAAGAAGAAUUGUGCCAGCAAGUCCUCACUACCUAAGGAUAUGUGGUUUUUCGAUCAGGUUCUGAAACGGAAUGUUUUUCCAAUAGGUCAUAAGGUACAGCGGGGACAAGAGUUCUUAAUAGCGUUGUAUGCUAACCACACUGGAACAUGGUUUUCUGUUCCAGCUUUCGUCUUUAACCAGAUGCAUAAAUACUGGAAGCAUUUAGUGGCGAGUGGGGAUCCGAAUGCGAAAAAAUGGAAACUUCCGUUUCCGUAUCUUAUUACCCAGCUCCUUGUCCUUCGGCGCUUCGUGGUUGAUAAUGAUGAGAUCUCUGAGGCUCCACGGGUGACUUUUAGGCUAGCACAGUGGAACUUAAGCCUUUCUGAUAUGCCUAGUGCCAAGAAGGAAGGUGAUGGCAUGGUAGCAGGUACUAAAGAGGACGUGAAUAACCUGGUUGAGGACGUUGUUGGGAGGUCUGAGGACCAGAUUGCUGAUGGUGCUACUUAUGAGAUAGCACCGGCUGUGUCACCACAUGCAAAUGAGUCUGCAGGGGUGACUAGGGCAGAGUUCAAUGCCAUUGUGGGGCAGUUGAGGACCGAGUUGGCUGAAUCUCGAGAGCAGCAUAGAGUCGAGCAUGCUGAGCUUAUACAGCAGCAUACCACUACCCAGCGCAUGCUACGAGAUCUAUAUGAGAUUGUUUCAUCGAGUCUCCCACGCACUUCCACAUUGCCACCUGAUGCAUGAUUUCUUUUGUCUAUUUUAAGCUGUUCAGAUUUUUUGCAAAGUAUCAUUCCGUCUUGCUAGAGACGUUAAACUUAGCCCAUUAUUUAUUUAUUUUCUAGGUUGUAUAUACAUGUUUUUUUUUCUUUAUUUCUUUUAAAAUAAAAUUAAAAAAAAAAAAAAAACAAAACAAAGCAAACAAAAAAAAUAAUAAUAAUAAAAAAUAAAAAAUUUCAAAAAUAUGUGUUCCCGUUAUGCCCUUCUGCUUAGUUAUGCUUGUUUUCAUCUUUUACAAAGGGCUUGAUAUCAUAUCUCUUUACAUCUUAUUCUAUAUUGUUUUAGAAUGUAUGCUUUACUUAUCCCAUUUGAUGUUUGAUGUGAGUUGCUAGUGUGGCUUUUCUAGUAGGUUUUUGCAUCCAAGUUUGGGGGAGACCUCUUUCGUCAUGGAUCAUUGCCGGGCGUCAUUAACUUUUGCCAUCACGGUAUACUCUUUCCAUUUCUUUCAUUGUUCUCAUUGCACAUUGAGGACCAAUGUGUAGUUUAAGUUUGGGGGUAAGGUAGCCUUGUUACAUUCUACUUUAAGUUGAGCUUUAAAUGCAUGAUUGAGAUUUGAGAUGUAUUUGGCAAUGAUUUUGAACUUUUGAAGCAUAGUACUUUUAAAAAACAAGUUGUUAAAGUCUAAUACUUCUUGUAUGCUCUAGGAUGCCAUUUAGGGGUAAAUUUUUAAUUUUUGAUAUCAUAUUUGGUCUUGUGGUACACAUCAUCUUGUUGGUUGAAAAUGCUUUAAGAGUUGAUUCUAGAAUUCUACACUUGCACUUGCGCACACUAGCAUUCAAUUUGUGGGGUACAUGCUUAGUUGAUUAUUGUCUUGGUUUAUCCCAAUUGAGCUAGUAUGCUUUGGAAGCUUUCAUUCUUGAUAAAAUGACUUUGCAAAGAAAAAAAAUAAAAGCACUCACCAAAGGUGAGGAAAAAAAAAAAAAAAAAAACAGCAUUAUUUCAACAUGUCAACUGAUUAAAAAGGAAGACAAGGAAAGAAUGUAAGAUGUAUGAUUAGUUUGAGUUCGUAGCCUAGUCAUUCCGAGUCAUUACGCCCUUAGGAGUGUCUUUACACUUAACGCCCUAAGACCAUCUGGUUUGGGAGUCGUUGGCUCAACGCUUGUUACAUGGGGUGAUUAGAGAGCUUAAGGAACUUGGACAUUGCACAUGGUCAUACAUAUAUAUAUAUAUAAAAUUGAUGAAAUCAAAUAAAAAAAAAAAUGUUUGAUUGAAUAACAAGGUUCAUUGAAUGUCUUGAUGUCUGGUACUAUAUUUGUAUGCUAGUUUGAGGGUAAGGCUAUGCCAUUACUUUGAUUUGCUAGGAUAGCAACACAUUUUGAUGCCGGUUCACUAAAAAAGGAUGAUAAAAUUGAUUCAAUUUGCAUGAUUAACUUGCUUGAUGUGUGGAGGACCAUUUUUGCUUACAUGAUGUUGAAAUAUUAAGAAUAGCUUAGAAAUGGCAGAAAUUUGCAUACUUGAAGUAGUCUACUUUAAACACUUAUUUGAUAUGUGUUGUUACUUCUCAAGUAAGAAAGAGCUGUUGAUGUUUGUGGGUACCAUUUCUGAAAACCCUCACGAGACUUCACUCGUCCACUAGGGGUAACCUAGGGGUUUAAAAGGCUUGUUGCAUAUGCUAAAUGCAACCGUGAUCCCUACGAAAGUGGUGUUAUCUUUAUUUGCUUAAUUAGUUCAUAGUUGUAUAUAUGUUUGUUUCAUUUCCAUGUUAUAGUUCAUUGCUAGGGACUAGCAAUAUCUAAGUUUGGGGGUGUGAUAAGUGCUUAAAUGUUGCACAUUUCAGCACCUAAGCUAGGGUAUUUCAGUCUUUACAUCUAUCUUAAGUUUAUGUUUUAGUCCUAAUUUAUGUUUAUGUGUAUUUCAGGGCAAUAAAGUUAAAAUGAGCUAAGAACGGUCCAAUUAAGCCUUUUUGGAGUUAAGCAAAGAUUUUCAGAAAAUGGCACAAAGCGGUCAAUCUCGGGCCUUUGAUGAUGUUCCCAAAGAUGGAGAAGCAAACCAAAUAGCCCGGGACAAAAAUGGAGUUGAAUAAGGCUUAAAGGAAUUUUCCAACUCUGGGGGAUCGAUCCCCCAGGGUGGGGGAUCAAUCCCCCAGGACUUGGCAACAUUGCAUAUUUUUAUUUUAAUGUUUGGGCUUAUUUUGUAACCUAGUGGGCUUUAAUAGGUUUAUUACUUAAGCCCAGUGAGGCCCAUUGUUUUUAGGGUUAGUAUUUAUUAGUUUAGUGAUUUAUUAUUUGGAGAAUGAAGUUUUGAUUAUUUUUUUUUUU